AUGAAUGGUGACAUCUUAGACAAGGUGGUCGACCUGGAUGCCGUGGAUGAACCAGAUACUUCGCCAGCUUCUUUUUCUACUCCUCCAUCCCCUAAUACAUCCACGGCAUUGGUACCACCUUACCGGGCCCCUCCUGAGCCGGACGGUGAAUUACUGGAGGAUUAUACCCCUACUACUAGUCAUGUGCUACUGCAGUCCCCCCUUCCUCCCCUGCCGGUGAGUGGUGCUGUAGAUCCCCUGGCGGAUGAUAGCCCCCUUGGCUACACGUUACUGCCGCCGGACUCCCAACGAACGUAUACAGUAUCUCAUGUUGUGGCUCAUGAUGCCCCACUAAAACUUCUACAGAGGUCGUUCCAGCCACCCCCUCCCCGUCUUAUCAACCGCUUACUCUUGAUGAGGUGCUCGCGGAGCUUUCUACGAAAGUCUACACCUGCCACACGCGAGUUAUUCCACCUAAGUAGGUUCCUGAGUGCAUAUGGUCGACACAUGCAAAGCGUGGCCACCUGCGCCUUCGCCGUUUGA